AUGGGAGGCACCGAUGAACCCGCGAGACCCUCCGCGCGGCAGAUCUACGAGGAGGUGCUGUCCGGCGCGCGCCCGCGCCCGUUCAUCCCGCGCCUGCGCUCCGACCCGCCCCCAUUCCAGCCCAUCCCGCACAGUCUCCGCGAGUUCCGCGCGCUCGAGGGGGAUGCCCGCCAGCAGCGGCUGCGCGCGCUGUGGCGACGGCUGCCGAAGCGCAACGAGGGCAAUAACGGCGCCGACGACGCGGAGGCCGUCGCCCGGGCGUACCCGGUGAAGUCCGACGGGGACCUCACGGCGGAGAGCGCGAAGCAGCUGGGCGAGAUGUACGAGGACGAGCUGCUGGGCCGCUGUGGGGUGCCCACGCGCGGGCCGUUUGCACGACGGGUUUCGUGGGCGGAGUUCGAGCAGUAUGCGGACGCGAAGGAGGCUGAGCUGUGGCAUAUAUUCCAUGACGAGCUUGACCUCGAUGGCAAUGGGCACCUCGACGUGACAGAGCUGGAGCUCGCACUCGAGAAAGCAGGCAUCAAGCUUUCCGGUUCCACCCUCACUGAGUUCAUGACCUUGGUCACGGCCUCGCCGCACUCGCAUGCAGUCAGCUUCAGAGAGUUCCGGGACUUCCUCCUGCUCUUGCCACGAAAAGCAUCAACGGAGGAGAUCUUCCGGUACUACGAAGUGCGCAAAUACCUUGGCGACGACGGGCGCGGCGCUGCACGCGUGAACAUGGAAGGGGAUGUGAGCCUCAGCGCCGAAGACUUAUCAUUAGACCAGCCACGUGUUUUGCCUAUACCCAAAGACGUUCCGCCCGUUCCUGUAGACCAUAGGUCACCAUAUGGUGACGAAGAUGACGACGACGAGUACGAUGAGGAGUAUGAGGAAGAGGAGCCUCAUCAUACCUGGCUUGGAGGAUCGACCGCCGCAAGAUUCCUAUUGGCGGGUGGCGUCGCUGGAGCCGUGUCGCGAACAUGUACUGCGCCAUUUGACCGGUUAAAGAUCUUCCUCAUUACACGACCACCAGAACUCGGCGGAACGGUACUCACACCUCAAGCACCGGUUCGCGGAUUCAAAGCGAUAGCGGGCGCGGUCGCUAGAAUAUAUGCGGAAGGAGGCGUCUUGGCCUUCUGGACGGGAAACGGUCUCUCCGUCGCGAAGAUCCUGCCCGAGUCCGCCAUCAAGUUUUUUGCAUACGAAUCAUCGAAACGUUUCUUCGCCAAAUACUGGGACAAGGUAGAGGACCCACGAGACAUCAGCGGCAUCAGCCGUUUCUUGUCUGGCGGCAUGGGUGGCAUCAGUAGCCAGUUCACCAUCUAUCCUAUAGAGACCCUGAAGACGCAAAUGAUGGCCAGUGCGGACGGUCAGCGACGGUCACUACGCGAAGCGGCGAGUCGCAUAUGGCAAAUGGGCCGCGUGCGCGCAUUCUACCGCGGACUUACCAUAGGUCUCAUUGGCGUGUUCCCAUACUCCGCGAUCGACAUGAGCACCUUUGAGGCGCUGAAGCUCGCGUACCUCCGAUCAACACACAAAGAGGAGCCGGGUAUGCUCGCGCUGCUUGCGUUUGGCAGCGUGUCAGGGAGCGUCGGCGCGACGAGCGUAUACCCCCUGAACCUUGUCCGGACGCGCCUGCAGGCGUCUGGGUCGUCCGGGCACCCAGAGCGGUACACCGGUAUCCUCGAUGUGGUACAGAAGACGUACGCGCGAGACGGCUGGCGCGGCUUCUACCGGGGCCUAUUACCUACACUGGCGAAGGUCGUGCCUGCCGUGUCGAUAUCGUAUGUGGUGUAUGAGUCGAGCAAGCGAAAGUAA